CUGUAUUUCACAGCGGCCACGGGGCACUUCCGGGCCAGGCAGCCUGGACCUCCCAGAGAGAGCGCAAGAGUCCGGCGGCGGCCGUCGGGAAUCGUAUUGCGAAGCGCGCGGGUCGCCGGGAUCUGUAGUCCGUCCUGCCAGUCCGGUCAGCGCGGUGUUGCCCGCCCCGGGCUCGGAGCCCAGUGCCGCUGCCCAGGGGGAUGCGGAAGCCCCCGGCUCGGGGAAGCGGAGAUACAGGCGGGCAGGAGCCGAGGGCAGCAUGUCCCAGGCCCCAGAGGCACAGCCAAGCCCACCCUCCGUGUACCACGAGCGGCAGCGCCUGGAGCUGUGUGCCGUCCAUGCCCUCAACAAUGUCCUGCAGCAGCGGCUCUUUAGUCAGGAGGCUGCCGAUGAGAUCUGCAAGAGGCUGGCCCCAGACUCCCGGCUGAACCCGCACCGCAGCCUCCUGGGCACCGGCAACUAUGACGUCAACGUGAUCAUGGCGGCCCUGCAGGGGCUGGGCCUGGCUGCCGUGUGGUGGGACAGGAGGAGGCCCCUGUCCCAGCUGGCCCUGCCGCAGGUGCUGGGGCUCAUCCUGAACUUGCCCUCACCCGUGUCGCUGGGGCUGUUGUCCCUGCCACUACGCCGGCGGCACUGGGUGGCCCUGCGUCAGGUGGGCGGCAUCUACUACAACCUCGACUCUAAGUUGCAGGCACCAGAGACCCUGGGAGACGAGGAUGGGGUCAGGGCCUUCCUGACGGCUGCCCUGGCCCAAGGCCUGUGUGAGGUACUGCUGGUGGUGACCAAGGAGGUGGAAGAGAAGGGUUGCUGGCUGCAGAGUGACUGACCGACCAACCAACCACAGGGCCGGCCUCAGUGCUGCCUGGUGCUGCACUUGCGACCACAGCCAGCCUGAGUUCAAGUGCCGGGGAAGGACCUGCACGGCCAGGGAGACACGGUCCCUCCCCCUCGCCAUAUUCCCCACCGCUUACACCUACACCGCUGCUGCCUCAGUAAAACUGCUGAUCUGCACCA